UACCUAACGGUCCUUUUUAAGGAUUUUAAAAAUGCCCUCCAGCAGGUGCGUUUGUGUGUUCAUCCAUAACCGGUGAUAAUACAGGUGAUGCGAGGCCGCUGCAGCAUGAUGACCUUCCAAGUAAACGCGUCGCUACUACCCACCGCUAAUAAGGCUCUGACAUCGGACCGGGGGUCGAGCUGCAGCCACCCCGGCCUUGAGGCUCCAUGUCCGGCAUACAGGAGCUCCGGGAGGGGGGUAGAAAACAUCCGGAUGAAACUGCCUCUCAUCCAGCCUCAGAGCAGGUCCCGGGACUGGAACACGUGGAGCAGGGGCUUCAUGGUCGGAGGGUCCCCUCACUCAGCUCGAGAGGACAAUGACAUCACCGGGAGACACUUCCUGUUCGAAAAACAAUGUGUUCAGCCGGAGAGGACCCGCACGGUGGUCCCCCCGCUGCAGAGAGGGUCGCUGCAUCCCUUCAGCCUCUCCAAGGAGCUCUCCCACAGUCGGGGGGGGCGGCCCUUCACCCUGGGCUACGCUCCGAGGUACGACCUGAUCUCCUCUCCAGUUCUCGGCUUCCCCUCCACUCUGAUCCUCAGCGGCAGAAACUCCUUCUCAGUGGAGAGCUGCAAACUCAGCAGGCCCAAGGUGAACUAUCCAACCUACAGCCUGCUGCACAACAAAGACAAUCAGAAGAGUCCUUCUUACCCCGACCCGGUGCUCGGAGCCUCUCGCUCGUUCUUCCACAGGAUCUCAGAGCUGUCGUCCCUCGAAGGAGAGACGGUGAGGCAAGAGAAGCUGAAGAAGAUGAGGAAACCUAAGAAACUUCCGUCCUGACAAUCACUCUCUGCCGAGUCACGCUGGUCCACGAUCAAAACCCUCGAGUCUGUGCCAACGACGUCUGAUCAAAAUAAAACUCUCCAGACGCCGUGCUCCUUCCAGCGGCUCGUCGUGACCGCAUCUGUGUCCUCACUGGUGUUAGUUUUCUGCCUCACAUGGCUGGUCGUCACAUUUUGGGGGUCUUGACCUCAGGUGAUGUGUAACCGGUGUCAAUAAGCGGUCUCUGCGUUGUGUUAUAUAUCAAUUGUUUCUUUCCUCACACCGACUCUUCUCUCGUGGAACAUUCACAAAAAUUGCAGAGGAAAACGUACCUGACAAUAUACAACAGAAUCAGAAUCCAUGUAUUAGUCCCACAGAGGGUACAUUUACGUAGUUACAGCAGAAGAAGAGCAAAAGACAGCUUAAUGUUAUGUAGAAGCAUGCAUACAAAAGUUAUAAUUAACAAAUCAGUCGUUAUUCAAUUGUUUCUUUCCUCAAACCGACUCUUCUCUCGUGGAACAUUUACAAAAAGGGCAGAGGAAAACGUGAAGGACACAAAAAUAAUCUCCUGAGUACAGUGACUCAAUUUUGGAGGUUCCGCAGAAUUUGUGUGAUUGUACUAAAUGUUUUAUAAAUAAUUAUUUAACACUAAACACCACUGCAUAUGUACAACUGUUACAUGUGUACUGUUGUAAACUGUAGCAUUAGCUAAACAACAAGUGCUGAGGUAUUUGAUACUCUGACUCUCAGUAGUUUCCCUCUCAACAUCUGCAUGAAAAGGUAUUUAUUAAUGACUGUUAAUGUCAAAUUUCUCACUGUAUCAUCAAUAUGUUGUGGAUCUCGUUACAAAAGUGUUUUAUACAUCAAGUGAAAUAUCUAUGUACAUAUUUGAUAGUUUAGCAAAACCCUUAUUGUGCCUUGUUAAA